GCAUGCAAUGCUUCUUUGAGCUGAUACUGAUAAUUUCUAUAAUUUUCUGUGUUGGUGGGACUUUGAUCCGUCGUGGGUUUGUUGGGGUUUGACCCCUUACAAUGUUCGUUGAUGCACUGCUCCAUUGAAUGGCGAAAAUACUCGAAACCCGCUUAAAGGCUGCUUGCAGCUUUAAUUUUAGUUGAAUAUUUAAAAUAAACAGGUUCAAGAUUUAUUUUGUUUAUACAAGUGUGUAUACAACUUUUUAACUAGAUUGUCACAUGAUCUCCUGCAUUUAUUAAAUAUAGAGAAAAGGGCAUGAAGGUCGCUCAGACAUUAUGAUGCAUUCUCUGGUAAUUGCAGAACAUCAUUUGAUGUUUGUGGUUAUGUGUCUUAAUCAGUGUUGGGUAAGUUACUCUGAAAAAGUAAUUAAUUACUAGUUACUCAUUACAUAUCCAAUAGUAUAAUUAGAUUACUGUCAAAAUACUCUGUCCAAAAAGUAUUUAGUUACUCAUUACUAAUUACUUUCUAUAUCCUACAUCAAUCAUGAUUAGUUAAGUGAGUCAAGGAUAGACAUGAAACGACACUUAAUUCAUUCAAAUAACUAAUAUUAUUAACUGACCAAAGUAUUACACAUGUGAGAAUUAUACAUUAAUGCACAGAUUUUAAAGUAAGACUUUUUUGAUGUCAUUUACAUACGCAUAUAUUUCACAAAGUAUUUAGUUUAAUUACAUCACAAGUAACUGUAAUUAAAUUACAGAAAACACCCUUACUUACUUUUCAAGGGAAAAGUAAUUUAAUUACAAUAACUAAUUACUUAGUAACUAGUUACACCCAACACUGGUCUUAUUCAACUGUUUAGUAAUGGAGAUUAUAAAUAAGCCUACUCCUCUUUAUUGAGUGUAUUUUGUGCAUAUUGCACAUUCAGUCAAACCAGUGAUAGAUGUCAGUCAUAUUCUUCAGCUGGUACCGCAUUAAUAUUCCUUUUGAGAAAGCCUGAUGGCAUGAGUAAGGUGAGAUCCACUUUAUGUGACAUGAUAAUAAAGGAAGUACGUUUUACCCUUAGGCAGCCACCUGCAUAUUUUGACAGACAGUCGAUAUCUACUAUUACAUCAGUGUAUUUUAAGAAUCCAACAACCCAGCAGAAUCCUCCACUGGCUUCUGCAGUUAACUGAACCAACGACGAGCACAAGCGGUGAACGAUGCUUUGCACUCAUCUUAUAGCGCAUAAAAAAGUUAGUAUUAAAACAGAAUAAUUAAUUACAAUAACAAAUAAAUUAUUUGCACAAUGUAAUAUGAUAAAUAAAUAAGAUCCUGAUAUUAAAUAAAUAAAUCAAACGUCCUUUGCGACUUAAAAGUCCUGUGUUUCAUACCAAAGCGAGCAAAAUAUUUGAAAGGUUUCCUUUCAUUUAGUAAUGUGAAACUUAACGUUAACCAUAAAAUAUUUUAAAACAAAAUAUGGCUUUUAAUUCGUUUGUUUAGCGGUGAAUUAAACAUGCAUUAUUUUCUGUAUAUCAUUUAGUUCCACAUAACAACUUAAAUUCCACAAAAGUCCACUUACAAUCCAGCGAUUCGGCGAGCUGCAAAUCAGUUCCCCGUAAUAUUACAAUGUACUUUCCAGUCGUUCAUAUGUAUCCUUUACAUUUUGUCAGGGGCUUUAAAUUUGAAAAAUUACAAUUUUAAUGUCUUCCUCGUAUUGCAGUUGUACUGCCUCUGGCUUCACGCUGCCUCUCUGUCCAUGUAAGCUGAAGCUGUAGGUACGUGUCUGGAGCUGCAAGUUGAGUUUAUCAACAUCCAUCAAUAUGACUCACAAAACAUGAAAACGUGCACUUUUUUGCAUCAUGGACACGGCUGAGUUCACCAAAGACCUUUGUACUCCAGCACUGAUUGUUGACUUGGAUAUAGUGAACAGAAAUGCUCAAGCAAUGCUGGACCGCUUCCAAAAGUUUGGGGUCCAACUGCGACCUCACAUGAAAACUCACAAAACUCUGGAAUGUGCAGACAUCAUGACUGGAGGCUCUCGCCGUUGUAUUGUGGUGUCUACUCUGGCUGAGGCGUCCUUCUACGCAGAUAAUGGCUAUGAUGAUAUACUAUACGCAUACCCACUGCCAUUUGAUAAAGUGGAGCACUGUGCUGAGCUUUCAGAGAGGCUUUCUCUAUUCCAUGUACUUCUGGACAACCGUCUUGCAUUACAGGAACUGAAGAAGAGACCACUGAAGCAGGGGAAGGUCUGGAGGGUGUGGAUCAAACUGGACUGUGACAAUGGGAGAGCGGGCAUUCCUCAUUAUGACCCAGCAUCACUGCAGCUUGCCCAGGAGAUUUCAGAGACGGCAGGGGUGGAGCUCACAGGAAUUUACGCCCAUUGUGGAAACACCUAUGGCUGUGAAGGAGAGGAGCAAAUCAAAGAUGUUGCUCAGAAAACUACAACGUUCACACUGCAGUUUAUGGAGAAGUUGAACGCUGCUGGAAUGCACAGUCCCAAAUCCAGCAUUGGCUCCACCCCUUCCUGUAGCCACCCAGUCCCAGACAUGGCCAUGUUAAGUGAAGUGCAUCCUGGGAACUAUGUGUUUUAUGAUGUGCAGCAGUCUCUCAUUGGAUCCUGUAGACUUGAAGAUGUUGCUGUACGGGUUUUGACGAGGGUCAUAGGUCACUACCCACACAGAAACCAGCUACUGGUAGACUGUGGGUGGGCAGCUCUGAGUCAUGAUGGUGGGGGACGUUUACCAACUGGAUACUGUAUCAUCGAAGGGCACCCAGACCUAAAGCUGCUGUCUAUGACUCAGGAACACGGCAGGGUGGAGUCCAUCUCUGGAAAACUGGACUUCAGUCAGUUCCCCCUGGGGUCACUCCUCUCAUUCAUGCCGUACCACGCAUGUGCUACAGCUGUGAUGCAUCCAGUGUAUUUUGUCCAUUCUAAAGGGAAAAUUAUAGGCAGAUGGAAACCCACUCGAGGCUGGUAACAGUCAGAGGGAGUCUGGGACAACUGGGAACUCUUUGGUUGAAAUGUUAUUGUCGUCAUUAAAGAAAUAUCAACUAAAGUAAUUAAACCUUGUACCAGUUGUGAAAUAACUGUAAAAGCAGGAAUCAAAACUCACUUUAGGAACUUUUAGAAACUGUGUAAUCUGAAAGUUCACAUUGGGCAUGUUUGUUUACAUAUAGCCAUGAAAGUAAUGAUGUUGCAGUUUAAAAACCUUAAAGCUACACUAGUAUUUCUGCACACUUACCUUAGAAACAACUUUUCUGCUUUUAAUCUAAAUUACUUUUCAUGUGGCAAACACAGUAAUGUGUGAUUUAGAAAUAUUGAUAGUAGUUUUUAUGAAUCACUGUAGACUAAUUUUGUAAUAAAAUCCUGUACCAUAAUAGCAAUAAAUAAUGAUACGAUU